AUCCUUUCUCAAUAGUGAGGAAGAGGGAGAAACAAACAUUUAAUUAAUUUUUUCACUUCACUUUCGCAUAAAAGAAAAAACAAAAAAUUUCCCUUUCCAGGAAAGUCGGGAAAAAUUCAGAAAAUAGAGAAAGGAAAAUAAAAUAAUAAGAAAUCCAACAAAAAAAAGUGGAAAAGGAUUGCGUCAAACUAUGAACUCUGAUCCUCUUUCUUCUUCUUCGACUUGUUCCUCUUCUUCUUCUUCUUCUUCAGCGUCGUCGGGUGUUAUUCCGACGUCGUUGAAUCUGCCAUCUUCUUCUUCAGGGGAUGCUGAAUUUGCCACUAUUUCUUUGUCAUCUUCACCGCAGCCGCAGGCCCCACCUAAGAUUUCCACCAUGACUACUCGUGAUCCCGAUGCCCCUUUCAGUGGUGGUGGAAUCAGCUUUCUUUCCGGGAAACGCAAUGUAAGGUUUAGUUAUGGAUAUUCUACUUUCAAGGGCAAAAGAGCCUCAAUGGAAGAUUAUUUUGAGACAAAGAUAUCUGAAGUUGAUGGUCAAAUGGUUGCAUUUUUUGGGGUUUUUGAUGGCCAUGGAGGUCCUAGAACUGCUGAAUAUCUGAAGAACAAUCUUUUCAAUAACUUAUGCAGUCAUCCGGAUUUUAUUAAAGAUACAAAGUCAGCUAUUGUUGAAUCAUUUAAACAGACAGACACGAAUUAUCUCAGUGAAGAAAAAGGGCAGCAAAAGGAUGCAGGAUCAACUGCAUCGACUGCAUUGCUAAUUGGUGACCGCUUGCUGGUUGCCAAUGUGGGUGAUUCCAGAGUAGUUGCCAGCAGAGAUGGAUCCGCUAUUCCAUUAUCAAUAGAUCACAAACCUGAUAGAACUGAUGAACGCCAAAGAAUUGAAGAUGCUGGUGGUUUUGUAAUUUGGGCAGGGACCUGGAGAGUUGGAGGAGUUUUGGCAGUUUCACGAGCAUUUGGAGACAAAUUACUCAAACAAUAUGUUACAGCUGAGCCUGAAAUUAUGGAACAAGAGAUUGAUGGUGUAGAUUUCAUCAUUAUUGCAAGUGAUGGACUGUGGAAUAUCAUCUCAAAUAAGGCAACUGUGUCACUCGUGCAAAACAUAAACGACGCUGAAGCAGCAUCUCGCAAACUUACCGAAGAAGCCUUUGCUAGAGGGAGCUCGGACAACAUUACCUGCCUUGUUGUUAGAUUCGAAACUGAGGAGCAUCAAAACGUAAAUUCUCUAACUAAAUGAGUAGAAGUUUCAAACUCUCUUCCGCUUUCUAAUUCCCAAGUUCCGUAUUCAAGUUCUUGGUGUACAACGUAUUACAAAAUCCGAAGGGUGGAAGAAAAGCUUGAGCUGUAUACUUCAGAUUUCACCAUUCUUUCAACCAUUGGAAUUGUUACUUGUUAGAGCACUAGACGCUAGGUGUGUAGUCGAGUUUUUAUAGUGGUUAUUACCAUAGUCUCUUUGUCAAUGUUAACAAGUCAUGUUUGUAAUUUUAUGUCAUUGGUUUGAUUCGAUAUCUUCUGUAUGUCUAUUAACUCUAUGGCUUUUUUCUGUUUC